AAUAAGAAUCAUUGUUUAUUGUUUUGAAUUAGAAAGAAAAAUUGAAUUUAAAUUUCAAAUUGUCUUGAAUUCAAAUGUAAUUAAUUGAGAUGAAUGAAGAUGUUGAUAAAAUUGUUAAUGACUUAAAAGCUCGUGGUGUUUUCGACGAGUUCCGUAAAGAAUGUCUUUCAUCAGUUGAUACAAGGCCUGCUUUUGCUGGCCUUAGACAUAAGAUCGACAUCACUUGCGAAUCAUUUCUUAAAGAUCAAAUCUGGAAUCCAAAUGCGAACAAGAAUCAACUUCGUGAUGGGUUGAGACAAAAACUUAACUCAGAAGGUCUUGGAAAUACCAUUGGUCACCUUGUGGAUCAAGUUGUGGAGCUUAAAGCAUCAACCUAUAUGUUAAGUAGGAUAGAUAAACAUGUUCAAGAUUAUCUUGGAAUUAAAAUUGAAGAGCCAUUGCUAAGGGUUGAAGAUAAUAUCUUGGUUUGGCCUGAGAGCGAGAAAAUUGAAGUCAAGAAGGAGGAAAAUGACGGAAAUGAGAAAUGGAGUAAAGAAAAUUGGAAUGAGGUCAACAACACCACUACCACAGAGAAUAAACCUAAUCCUUCACUUUCUCCCUCGACUGUUUCAUCCCAUUCGCUGUCACCUCCAACACCGGAACCAAUAACCGAUGGUGGAAGUGAAGAUUCAUUUCCUCCUGCUCCAAGUCCAACUUCAUUAAUCUCUGGUGAAAAUAGUAAAUCAUCACAACACUAUUUUGAUGAAUCAACCUCAAAAUCUCCCGAAAACAAGACCAAGAACGAUAUUUGGAAUCAAUUAAGCAAAGAGGGUAAACAAAGUGCUGAUGAACCUAAACCAGAACCUUUAGAUUGGGGUACAACUACAUCGCCUCCUCCUGAACGUCCAUUUGCUCACCUUGGAUCAUUUUCAGCUGAUCUUACAAAACCAACAGGUACCAAUGAAGCUUUACCACCAACUAUUAAAUCUGAACCUAAAUCUCCUGAACUACUACCAUCUUCAUCAUCAUCUGUGCCACUUUUAUCUAACAAAUCAAAAGAAGAAUCAAGAGAAGACAAUUCUGAGAUUGAAGAAUCUAAAGGAAAAUCUGAUCCGAUUGUUUCUGAUAUGUUAUCCGAUGUUAGUUCAGCGCAUACAAGUGAUUUAUCAGAUUUCGAUGAUGCAAUGAGUAUUUCUAGUGUUGAAGAGGCUGAAGAUAUGAAACAAGAGAUGAAUGAUGUUGAAGGAAAGGUAGUACAAAGUGAGGUUAAAAUCGAUACUGAAAUUAAGAUUAAACGAGAAAAUAUAUCAGCUUCUCAGGUUAAUGAAGAAAUUGAAACAAUUAAAGUUGAAGACUCUGGUACAAUUAUUAAAGAUCAGAAGCUAAAUGAAGAUGAAACCACAGAACAUGUUAAACAUCAAAUGGAAGAUCAAGUCGUAAAUAAGGUGGCCGAUAAGGUGAUAGAUGAGAAUAAAAAUCGGACACGAAUCGAAACAAAGAAACGCAAAGAACCAGAAAAAGAACCAGAUCCUUGGGGCGAUGAAAUGGUUCAAGUCAAACCAAAAUUUGAGAUAAUCAAGUCAACACCCGAAGCUCCCGUUUUCGAUAUAAGAGCAAGAGGCAAAGAAGCGAUUUGUUUGACUCCCGUGAAGGUGCUCGAAACACCAUCAACAACGAAAACACCAAUAUCAACAAAAGAAUUGAAAUCAACUACAAUCAAAAGCGAGAAAAUAUCGGAUUCCAAUGGAGAUGAAUUUGUGAUUCCUAAGAUAAAAAGAGAACCCAAAUCGAGGGAUCAAUCACCACCUUCAGCAUCCACAAGAACCGAUCCACUUCCACCCCCACCAUCAACAUCAUCGUCAUUAAUUACACCGAAUUCAUUCUCAUCUCGAACCAAUGAAGAAUCAAGAUCAAAACGUAACAGCAGAGAUUCAAUUAAAAAGAAAAGUGAUUUAUCGAGCUCUCAAAGGUAUGAUGAAGCUGAUCUUUACAAACCACGACCUUCAAUUCCAGGAUCUCGGAGACAUCGAUCAUCUAAAUAACUUUUUAUAUUGAUGUAAAAUGUUAAUCUGUUAUGAGAAAACAAAAUUGAUUAGUAAUUGAAAAAAUAAUCCACAAACA